AUGACUGAUGAAGCCCGUGAUGACUACUGGCGUCAUGUCACAGAGUUCAAUCUCGUUUUCCUUGGUGCCUCUACUGCUGCUACUAGCACCGCUGCUCCGCAACAGCCUCCAAGCCCAUCUUCAUCUGCGAUGCAGCAGAACAAUCAUGACAAUGCACUGGACAUUCCGCUGCUACCUCCAUCGCAACAAGUCACGAAGUCCCGUCAUGACUUCCCUACGCACGACAUUGCCCUAAAAGCUCAUCAGUUACCGUUUCCUACCGCUGUCUCUAAUCGGAUGAAAGCGGGCUGGAAGGAGUACAUCCCACUCACUGCGCUCACCAAUAUGGCCUGCCGUGCAGCGGCCAACAAGCAACAGACUCGUGAUGUUGUAAAGUACGAAGGCGGUGCACUCACUGUCAGUCAGGGUCCCUUGGACAGCUCUCGUGAGCGCUGGCUCACUCUGGCCGAAAUUUCGGAAGCAUAUCCUCGUUUCUUACAUCUCAUUCAACAGCAUUACCCUCAUCCCAAGUCUGUCCAGCAGUCUGUUGCGCAGGAAUUCGCGACACAUUUCCAGCAUAUAAGCCAUCAGCCGGACUUCGCAGAACACAUUGGUCUGUACGUUGAAUACGACCGACAAAUUCGGUUACGCCACAUCAGCGGCGAGUUCUUCCGUCCAUCUACCUGGCAGGCAGGAAUAUGGUCGGCAAUUCUGAAUGACUAUAUGCUCGGCUGUAGCAAUAACACCUACUCUGUCCAAGGUUAUCCAAUUGAUGGAGCCCUGACGCAUUUCUUUGCUCCACAAUUCUCGUCGCUAUUGCGCAGCGAAAGGGUUUUUUUCGUAAUGGACCACCACCACCACAGGGCACUUUUCGCUCGCGCGACAGUGGAUGGAGCACUGUCCCUGAGCGACUCCGUUGUUUCCUGUGUGGCAGCCGCGAGCACAUCAGCAUGCAGUGCACAUGUGGCACACUCCCCUUUGCACACCGUCGCGAUGGCAGACCAGUCCUGCCCACCGGCAAGGCCUUCUGUUUCAACCACAACUCCAGAGGCUGCUCUCGUGACCGCUGUGUUCAUGCGCACAUCUGUUCUCUCUGCAGAGAUGGAGGACACUGUGCCCAGGCCUGCAAGGCUGUUUGAUUUCUGCCCGAUCAUCACCCCACUGCACUGGAUCGCUUGGCGCGAUGCUCUCGAAGCAGCAGGCUGCCUAGCAGAAUUUGCAGAUGUACCCAUUGGAAUUCGCGAUGGUUUCCGUAUUGGUGUUUCUUCCCAUCCUUCUUGUACCGUCAUCCCUCCUAAUCACAAAUCUGCAUUUGACCAUCCUGAUGCUAUCACUUCCUACAUUCAAACUGAACUUUCUGCAUGCCGAUAUUCUGGUCCCUUCCAUCCUGAACGUCUCGAAAAGCUCAUCGGCCCCUUCCGCACAUCGCCGCUCGGCACCGUCCCCAAGGCCAACAGCCCUGGUGUCUUCCAUAUUGUUCAAGACUUCUCAUACUCACGCAAUGACUCACAUAUCUCCUCCAUUAAUGCGGAAAUCAACAGCGAUGAUUUUCAGUGUGAAUGGAGAACUUUCACUGCAUGCGUAUUACUAGUUAUCAAUUCUCCUCCUGGCACGCAGGCUUCUGUAAAUGACGUUGAAAAAGCCUAUCGCUGCAUGCCCAUUGCCCCCGAACACCAGCCGUUAGUUGUCAUCAUGUGGUUAGGACUUGUGUAUAUGGAUCACUGUGCUGCAUUUGGCACAUCCAGCGCUCCAGGUAUCUUUGGUCAAACAGCCGAUGCAUUGGUACGAAUCUUUCGCCAUCAUGGCAUACAAGCCCUAAUCAAAUGGGUAGAUGAUUUCGUCUUUUUCCGCUACCCUAUCAACUCCAAUGCAGAUGGUUCCUACGUCUAUCCUUACGAUGAGUCCCUCAUUUUUUCCGUCGCAAAACCUCUCGGGUGGCCGUGGUCUCUCCCAAAGCACUCUCCCUUUGCAAAUUCUUUCAGCUACAAUGGCUUUCUCUGGCACAUUGCCGAACGCACAGUACAAAUCCUGGCGCAGAAAAAAGCGAAGUAUCUUGCACGUCUCCAGCUCUGGGUCAAACACCACAAGGUCUCGCAGAAGGAGUGUGAAGGGCUUAUUGGUACGCUCAACCACUGCUGUCUCGCAGUUCCUGAAGGCCGGACCCGUCUCCCUUCAUUCUACCGUCUCUCAAGUUCAUUUGCCUCCGCUAUGUCACGGUACAUCCGCCACACCAUUCCUCCCGCAUGUCUUGAUGACAUCUCUUGGUGGUGCAAAUGCCUCAGUCUUUCCUUUUGCAGUUCUCUCCUCUAUGCCUCACCCGAAGCGACAAAUCUCGAUGUGUAUGUCGACGCAUCAACCUCUUGGGGUAUCGGCUUAGUCGUCAAUGGGAACUGGCUCGCUUGGCGCCUUCGGGAUGGCUGGAAGGGUGACGGCCGCGAAAUUGGCUGGGCUGAGAUGGUAGCUGUUGAGCUCGCUGUCCGCUACCUCACUGAGGUGCUUUAG